CCAGUAGCCAGCUGAGAGCGAAACGGAACGGAGGAGACGAACAGAGCGAAUUUGCACAGUAAACAAAAACCCCAACAAGGGAUUACAAAUACACACACACAUACACAUACAUAUACAUGUACAUAUACACACGUAGUGGUAGAGGAAGAACUUGAAUCUGUUUUAGUUGCAAACAAAAAUCGAAAGCUGAACUUCGCACUUCGACGACAACGGCAAUGGAUCAGAAGCGGGCCAUGCUCUAUCCGCAAGUGGAUUUCAACACGCCCAGCGCACCAUCGCCGACGUCAGCGAGGCCAACAAGGGAAUCGUUUGGGCCGGAGCAUGUGCCCGUGGAGGCUCCGCCAUCAUACGAUGUGGCAAUAGGCAGACCAACCAGCGCAGUGACUGUUCCAGCAAUUGCAGUAAUCACGCCACAACAGCCCCAGCCGCCGCAAGUGGUCUACGAGUAUGAGCAACCAGCAGCCACAGUUGUCCAAACGGAAACACUGAACUUGGGUCCAAAUCCCUGCCGCGUACUCUGCCCGGCCUGUGGUGCACAGAAGACAACACGCAUGACGCACACCGCCAAUUCUCGCACGCAUUUGGGUGCGGGACUGCUGUGUCUGGUGGGUUGGUGCUGUUUUGCCUGCUUCGUGCCCUACUGCAUGAACAGUUGCCGCACUGGGAACCACUACUGUCGCAAGUGCAACACGUUCCUCGGCGCAUACAGUCCCAGUGGUGGACUGAAGUGAAGAUAAGACUAUGACGAGAUGUGAUCUGGUGGUACCUAACACAAACAGGAGCUGCUAUCUCAGCUGUUUGCCUAGAACAUACAUAUUUGCAUAUGAAUAUAUUAUUAACCUUAAACAAAAGCCAACGCCACCGCCGCUUACCUUCUUGCUGCUCUCGAUGGGUCCAUGGAGCACAGUGUUGGCGAAGGUCGACGUGCAUCGUCACCAUGAUGCUGCCUAGCCUCCAAUAAUGUAUAAUACUCGUAUACUCUUUAUGCAAAACAAUAAUAAAGCAAGGAAUUUGGACUUGA